AUGCUAAAUGUGUUUGCUUUGAGGGAAUACAAGACAGAGGGACUCAGUACUAAUAGAGCACAGAAACAUACCCAUAUAGAAAGACAGCCUGGACAACUCCAAAACCUGGAAGCUUACCACAGGCAUGAAGUUCAAUUCACUGCAGUGGGGAAAACUUCUCUCUUGGAUUAUACAAUACUUCAUGUUAUCGAUGGUGUGAAUGUAUGCAUCUAUGACAAACAGAAUAAGCAAUUGCGGGUCAAAGAAGCCUGGAUCUCUCUGGCAUUAGGGGAAGAAUUUAUGAAGGAAAAGAAAAAGGUGAUUUGGGAAAGUGAAGUAUAUUUCCAGUUGGCCCUCAAGUUUUUAAUACAGAAUAAUACUUCAAGUAACAAAAACCACACAAUCCAGGUGCUGGCAGUGUGCGAGCUGGAUAGGGACAUCGAGGUGACCAGCCAAGUCCAUAUUGCCAUAGAUGGGGAGGAUUUCUUCCAGGUAGAUGAUCAAGCUGACCAGUGGGAAUUCUCGAACCCUUUGGCAAAGCAAUUCAAAUCCCUCCUGAAAAGCCAUUUCUGGACAGAUCUGAGGAAACAUACAAUGAAGCAAUAUUGUGUCAACAUGAUGAGGAAAAUCCUGCAGUACUCAACUGUGAAAAAGAAUGUGCCUCCACAGGUGACUGUGUCCCGCCAUGAUGAUCCCAAAGGCAACAUCACUCUGUCCUGCAUGGCCACAGGCUUCUACCCCUGUCCCAUCCAGCUGCACUGGGAGAAGAAUGAGCAGCUGGGGGUGUGGGGGCAAGAGAGGUCCAGCGGCACUCUGCCCAAUGCUGAUGACACCUUCUACCUUCAAGUCACCCUAGAACUCCCUCUGAGUGACACAGUGACAGGUUUUACCUGUGUGGUGCAGCACAGUGCCCUGGAGAUGCCAACUACACACCCUGUCCCCACGAAGCCUCUCCCUACCCAGAAUCCUUGGCCUGUGGCCCUGGGCAUCCUGGUAGCCUUCAUCAUAGUGCUGAGCUUUGCUGGGAUCUUUACCAUAUGGAAGAAGAAGACAGGUCAGAGGACCCAUGAAGAUGCUACCAUGGAUGGUAUUCAGCUGAGCACUAAGGCACAUUGA